CGUACGUUAAGCAGGAACAGAAACGGAAAGGAGAUAUAAGAUUACAUCAAUUCCCUUCUUGGCAGAGAAAAGACAGGUUUCAUUGCUGGAUCGUGGAUUAUAUCAAUUCUGGAAGAGAAGAAGCAGAGUUGAGCUGAGCAUUUAGCCGAGACUUUGACGACGACAUCUUCACCUCACCCUUCACUUGCCACAACCAUUCCCGCCUCCCCAAUCAUCAUCCAAAAUGGCAUCAGAGAAAGAAGGCACGCUCCCCUUCCCCAUCCCCGGAAUCGACAAACCGUGCUCCACCUGGUACAAAACCAUCGGCGACCUGCACUCGGGCACCACGCCCGUGGUCGUCGUGCACGGCGGCCCCGGCCUCACGCACGAUUACCUGCUGCAGCUGUCUGAACUCAACUCUCUGUAUGGUAUUCCAGUCGUAUUUUAUGACCAGAUUGGGAAUGGGAAGAGUACGCAUCUGAGGGAGAAGAGCGGGGAUGAGAGUUUCUGGGUGGAGGAGCUGUUUUGGAGGGAGUUGGAGAAUUUGGUGGUGGGGUUGGGGAUUGGAGAUUCUUGGGAUUUAUUGGGACAUAGUUGGGGAGGUAUGAUGGGUGCUACGUUUGCGGGGAGGACGCCUAGUCCGAAGGGGUUGAGGAAGUUGAUUUUGGGGAAUGCGCCGGCGUAUAUGAGUGCGUGGGUUGAUGCUUAUGGGCGGUACUUGGAGGCGAUGGAUGAUGAUGUCAAAGCGGCUAUCAAAAAGGGGGAGGAGACUGGAGAGAGGGAGUCGAAGGAGUAUGAGGCUGCGAUGGAGAAAUUCAUGGCAAAGCAUUGUCUCGGCGAGAAAGCUCCUCCUGAACUUGCAGUGAGUUUCGAGUGGGCCGGAAAAGACGAAACAGUCAGCAAGACCAUGUCCGGGUCAAGUGAAUUCGUGGUAACCGGCAACAUGAAAAACUGGUCCGCAGUCGAAGCCUCAAAGCUGAUCUCCGUCCCGACACUAGUCAUCAACGGAGUCAACGAAGGUGCAACUGACGAGGCUAUCAAGCCUUUCUUGGAUAAUAUCAAGGGCGUUAAGUAUGUAAAGUUCCAUCAUAGUUCGCAUAUGGGAUUGUAUGAAGAGAAGGAGUUGUAUUUGAAGACCGUGGGAGAAUGGUUAUUGGAGAAGUAG